AUGAUCUCGAAGCUCUUAGCGCUCGGUGCUGUUCUUCUCGCCUCUGCCACCGCUAACGUCUUCGACUUGUCUUACUCCAAUGUCUCCAGCGCUGCUAUCGACGAAGGCAGGAUCGAAACCGCCGUAUUAGUUGACACCGAGACGACAGAACCCGCCGAUGACGUCCUAUGGAAUGCUGCGUUAAGCAAAGGCCGAAUGUUGAUACUAGCCACGAGCUUGAACCUUCCAGAGGCUGCCAAGGUCUAUCAACAGAUGGAAACUCCCUGGGAUGGAACCCUCGAACGCGAACUAGCACUUUGGGGCUACUCGGAACCUGACUACCCGGAAGUUGAAGACUCUGACGAAAACUGUGUCAUGGGGAAAGAAAACCACGGCCUUCAAGAUAUGCUCAAAGAGCUACAUGCAGAUGAUAGAGAUUCACGUGAUGGAGGGGACAACAUCUGUCACACAAUCCAACAUCAAGACGGGCCUACCUUGGAGAAAGAUGAGAACGGUGAAGUACCAGAAGAUCCUAAGGAACAAUACUACAAAGUUGAAGGGCGCAGAUACAGGGUUACCGGCGCGGAUUCCACCAUUGGAAUAAAUCCAAAGGCUGGUAUCAUCUUCUUUCUGACUCGUGAGAGCCCCGCGUACGCGGCGAGAAAGCUAUGGAAUGUACCCUCCGUCAAGCCGGACGAAAUGCCUGCCCUCAAAAGUAGCUCGGAUAUUGCCUGGGGUCUCUGGAAUAGGCAUUGCAAAGAAAGCCUGUCCAACAUCAACUACUUCUUCACGGUGGCAGUUGCGAACCCGGAAACGCGUAAGAUCAUCAGUAGAGCUAUGGGACAAAAUGCUGUGCCGAAUGCGCCAGGAUACACCUUUAGAGCUGGGAAUCAGAACUUCAUCGCUCUGCUGGGUAUGUAUACGAUUGAAGCUUUCUCUGAUAUGUUCACCAGAAGCUCUCGAAUUCUCAACAGUUACAGGAUAUGCACUAACUACCAGUCUCUAGGAUCGCCGAACCUUGUAGCAGUAAUGUUCUUCCUCCUCCAACACAAGACUCGGUUUGGCCACAAUCGAUGGGUUACUGAGAUCCGUGUUUUCAUACCGAAUGGGGAUUUCAAUAAGGUUUCGAUGCUUGUUAAGGUUGAGCGAGCGCCCCCGACAGAACCUCCCGAGCCUAUUGAAGAUCCAGAUUGCGCGGAGAAAAGGUCGUUGAAAAGUGCGCCAGUCUCACCGCUGAAGAUCGAUAGUUGGAAGGGUGGCGAACGUGCAAAUUCCUCCUUCGAGGAGCUGAAUUUGGUUAGAAGACAUAUCAUAUGGGCUUAG